AUGCACGCCGCCUUCCUUGCCGCUCUAGUCCUUGCGUCGUCUGCGACGGCACAAGUGCGUCAGACCAUGGUAAACGAAGACGGUGAUUCAGUUGUCGUGCAGCAAACCACCGAUGUCAAUGGCCUCCCCGUCCUAAGCACCAUCUUGACUAUCCCUGGCGGGGCCGCGGCCGAUACUGGCACCGGUACCAGCACUGGCGUUCGCACGACUACGGGCGCUACCACUACGGCCCUCCUCCCUACCACCACUGGCACUCGGACCACCACUUCUUUACCCCUUGACGACGAAGAGACGACCUUGGCUACCACGACCACUAGAAAAGCCGCCGGCGGCCAGAACGGUGGCCAGGGUCAGCCGCAGGGUGUGCAAGGACCUCCGACCACGACGUACCCGCCCAUGACUGCGACAACUUACGAUAUCAAUGGCCAGGAGUACACUUGGCGCAACUCGUUUGUCGUCCCCGCUCAGGCCACCGCCCAGGUUCCGGAGGGUACCCGUCAGGACGGCAGCGCGUACCUUGCGUCGGUUGGAGCAGCCCAGUCCGCGGCUCUGUCGACCUACAACGCCGGAGGCGGAACGGGGGUCCCAUCCAGCGCCGCCUCCUCUCUUAUCUCUGAUGGCGGUCUCGCCGGCUGGAUGGCCAUGUUCGUCGGUAUGGUAACCGCCGGAUACGGUGUGUACCUCAUGUAG